AUGCCAAGCUCUCAUGUCAACUUGGAGUUCCAGCACGUCAAAUGCCCCGUUCCGUUCGGGACUCAUCAUACGAAGAUGAUGCUCUUGCAGUACAGAGAAGGACUUCGAGUUGUUGUUCACACGGCCAACCUAAUUCCAAUGGACUGGGCAAAUCGGACUCAGGGAAUCUGGAUGAGUCCAAUUUUCCCACGCAUCAAGGGAGAUGCCAGAAUGGUUGACACUGACUCUGUCACUGCUUUCAAGAAAGAUCUCCUCAAGUACCUUUCAUCAUAUCGAUUGCAGUGUUUGGAUCCAUGGCUGCAAGAGAUCAAUAGUCAUGACUUCUCUGAUGCAAGAGUGUACCUGAUAGCAUCUGUACCUGGUCGCCACGAAGGCAGUACUGCACGGAAGGAGUUUGGGCACAUGAGACUUGGGAACAUCCUUAAGGAUUACUCAGCAGCAGCUGUCACACAAGAAUGGCCAUUGAUAGGGCAGUUCAGCUCAGUUGGGUCAUUGGGUGCUUCACCCACCACUUGGUUGGAGUCUGAAUGGGCUAAGAGUCUGGCUGGAUUUCAAUUGGGGAAUCCAAAAGUACAACUGAUCUUUCCAACUGUUGAUGAUGUGAGGAAUAGCCUGGAUGGAUACAUCUCAGGGGGAUCCCUUCCAUACAGUUUCAAGACUCACAUGAAGCAACAAUGGUUCACUUCUUUCCUCCAUCGAUGGACAAGCUUGAGGAGGAAGAGAAGCAGAGCAUCACCUCACAUAAAGACAUACACUCGCCUGUCACCAGACCGGAGAAGGGCUGCCUGGUUCCUCCUCACUUCUGCCAAUCUCUCGAAAGCUGCCUGGGGGGAACUCCAAAAACAAGGGAACCAGCUGUUCAUUCGCUCAUAUGAGCUCGGAGUCCUUUUCCUCCCCCAGCUCUUUAAAUCAGAAAUCCAUGAAUACGUGUGGCAAAAAAUGUAUGCCAUAUUGCAGACAGGGGAAGACUGGUUUGAAGUGACAGAGGGUGGAGAUGGAGGAGAGGAGUUCCCAGUGCCUUGGGACCUCCAGCCGAUUCCAUACGGCCGAGAUGAUCGACCGUGGCUGUGGGACAAGCAGUAUUCCACACAGGAUCCAUUUGGCAACAAAUGGCCUCUCCCUCAUGUUUGA